AUGUAUCUUGUUGGAGGUUACAAACUAACCCCAGACCAAGUUCUAGAGUGGUGCGGGAGGCAUGGGCUCGUCCCACCAGAAGGUUGUUAUGCCAUAACAGUCAAUCGCUACCUCAAGAGCCAGAUGAGUGGUCAUCGCCUUCUCCCAUGCGACUACGAAGGGGAACCCAUCUUUCUCGUCGUCACGAAUCGAGUGAUUGACCCCACUGCGACGCGUACCAACUAUCAACCUUUUGAGGAGAGUGACGAUGCCAGGAGGAUCAGAAAGGUGUUGGCUUCGGACGACCUCCACGUCGAGUUUGUCACCGUUCCAGAUCCGUAUGCGGACUUGUAG